AUGCGAGGAGCUCAGUAUUGCCGUUUGAAAGGGUGGCGUUGUCUGUUCAUCUGUGGUACCGAUGAGUAUGGCACAGCAACGGAGACCAAGGCAUUGCAGGAAGGCCUAACACCGCGGGAAAUAUGCGACAAAUAUCAUGCAGUACAUGCUGAGAUCUAUAAAUGGUUCAACAUCGAGUUCGAUCAUUUCGGCAGGACAACCACCGAGUACCAGACUGAAUUCUUGGCUGAUCGUUUUGUGCACGGUGAAUGCCCCCAUUGCCAUUUCGAGGAUGCCCGUGGAGAUCAGUGCGAUGCAUGUAGUAAACUCAUUAAUGCUGUGGAGCUUAUUGAUCCUCGGUGUCAGCAGUGCAAGGGAACGCCAACGGUUCAGCCCUCGAAGCAUAUCUUCUUCCAUCUUGACGCAUUAGCUGAUGAAGUGGAGAAAUAUAUCAAUAAGCAGCUAAGCGUGAGGAAGAGCCAGUGGUCGGCGAAUGCAAUUUCGAUUGCGAGAAGUUGGCUGAAAGGAGGCCUGGAAAAAAGAUGCAUCACGCGUGACCUAAAAUGGGGUGUUCCGGUACCGCUUCAAGAAUUCUCCAAUAAGGUCUGUUUUUUGUGCUCUUUUUCCAGAAUUGCCCUUUUCCAGACAGUUCACGCAAACAUUGCCGUUCUUUGCGGGCCCCUGAAUACUAAUUUUGUUGGCAGCGCUGAUAAUUUUACGCAGUUCAAUGUAAAUUUGAAUUUUGCUAAGAAUUUUUCGAAAAAUUUGGCAUCUAACUUUUUAGCUUCCUUACUUGAAAACACGGAAAAUCUGUUUAUUCAAAGUUGA